AUGCGCGAGUACGACGCAGUGAUCUUUGGCGCCUCGGGCUUUACGGGCCAGUACAUCGCCGUCGAGUGGGCCAAGACCGCCGCGCCCGGCUCCCGCUGGGCCUUGGCCGGUCGGUCCCAAGCCAAGCUCGAAGCGACGCGGGCGCAUGUGCUGGCGGUAACAGGCUCUACAGAAGCGAUCCCAAUCGUCAUUGCCGACGUCUUUGACGGUCCAGCCAUGGCGGCGAUGGCAGCGUCGACGCGUCUCGUGGUCAACUGCACGGGGCCGUUCCGCCUCUUUGGUGAGCCGGUCGUGCGCGUGUGCGUCGAGGCCGGUACACACUACGUCGACAUUACCGGCGAGCCGCAGUUCAUCGAGACGAUGGCGCUGCGCUACGACGCGACGGCCAAGCAGAACAAGGCGCUGGUCGUGCACUCGUGCGGCUUUGACUCGAUUCCGGCAGACAUGGGCACGGUGUUUGUGACGAACCAGUUCCCGUCCGGCGGCGCCUGCGCGAGCGUUGAAGCGUUUAUCUCGAUGCACGGCAAGCGCGGCCACGCGACAACGUACGAGUGCAUCGUCCGCGGGCUGGCGGCGGCCGACGAUCUCAAGAGCCUCCGCCAAGCCAACGCGGUCAAGGUGCCGUACUUUGGUCCUCGAUUGACGCUGCGCAACGUGGGCUACGACGCGCGCGUCCAGAAGUACAUUUUGAAAUUCCUCGGCGCCGACGCGUCCGUGGUGCGCGCGACGCAAAAGCACCUCGUGGUGAGCCAGUCGCCGACGCCGCCGACGCAAUUCGCCGUCUACGCGACGUUUGCGAGCGCGUUUAGCUUUGUGCCGCUCGUGCUCAGCGGCCUCGCGCUCUAUGUGCUCGGACGCUUCGAGGCCGGUCGCCGCCUCUUGAUUGCGCACCCCGGGUGGUUUACGUUUGGGUACUUUACGCACGCCGGGCCGAGCGCCGACGAGAUGGCGCACAGCGGGUUCUCGCACCGCUUUUUUGCCAAGGGCUACAAGGACAAGAUGACGAUCAACGCGUCACACGACUGGGAGGUCGUUGCGCGCGUCGACGGCCCCGAACCCGGAUACGUGGCGACGUCGAGCAUGGUCGUGAGCGCCGCGCGGGUCGUUCUGGACGGCGAGGUGCCGAUCACUGGUGGUGUGCUCACGCCCGGCGCUGCCUUCCGCAACACGUCGCUCAUCGAGCGCCUCCAAGCCCGCGGCAUCAACUUUACUGUCGAGAAGAGCCAGAGUCUCAUUGCGUAG